AUGCCUUGGGCUCAGCCACCGGCCAGCUCCAGCACGUGGCAGGGCGGAGCCCACACGGUCGUCCAGCACCAGGCCCUGGUCCUACCUGGGACGAGAACUAAGCCAAAGAGGGUCUUGCUGCCCCUGAAGGCCCGCUGGGGGACCGGCUAUGGGGGACUGCCUACGGGACAGACAGACCCCAACAGCCCCGUCAAUUCCCGAGGCUGGAAGCUAACCACCUCAGCCUUCUCCCUCCGAGUGGCUGCUGACUCCCAACCCUUCCGGGAGGAGCCUGAGCCCAGCUGCGGGGCAGGGGGCCGGCCUGAGCGGGGAGCAGCCGUGUCAGCCCGGGAGGGACGUCGGGGGAGCCGCUGCGGGUACCGAGUUAUAAGAAGUUACACGAAUAGAUUCUAUCGAGGGUUUGCUGCUGUCAAGUGUCACUCGGCCAACUCUGACUCACUGCAGCCCCACGGACAGUGGACGAGAACCGUGUCCGACCUGCGCCAUCGCCAGCACCAUUCGGUCACGCCCAAGCCCAGCGCUGCCGUCACCGUGCCAUCGGAUGAGAGCAUAGAAAACCAAAUUCAAGCCUCAAGCUGCAUCAAAAGAAGGAACACAUACAGUCACCACCAGCCACUGUGA